AUGCGUACUAACACUCCAGAACAACUCCAGUUCGAAUACAAUGACUUCCAGGGCGCCAUCAAGGAGUUGACCACAAAGAUCGGCGAGUUGCAGUCCGACGCAGAGGAACACAACGUGGUGUUGGCCACCUUGAAGAAGACGCCCAAAGAGAGAAAGUGCUUCAACAUGGUGGGUGGUGUUUUGAUGGAGAAAACCGUUGCCGAAGUCGAGCCAGCCUUAGAGACCAAGCUCACAAGCAUCAAGGGUGCGUUAGAGACAUUGGCUAAGGAGUUGCAAAAAACCCACAAAGAGCUUGAGGACUGGAAGAAGAAGACCGGUGUGAAGAUCGUCAAGACCAACCAAUAG